AUGUCGGUUCGAAACACUUCCAGACAAGCCAUCACUGAAUUUGUUUUUAAAGGAUUUGACUCAGUGCAAAAUCCACUAAUGGUUGGUUUUGUGCUGCUGAUACUGUACAUUUUUGUUGUGAUUACUAACACUGCAAAUAUAUACUUCAUUGUUAUGGAUAAACAUUUACACCAGCCAAUGUAUCUGUUUAUCUGUAAUUUAGCAUUUGUAGACAUCGUCCUCUGUACCAGUACAUGUCCAACUAUGAUAGGUACCCUUAUAGUUGGAUAUAAAUCCAUGUCUUUUGCACCCUGUAUGGUUCAAAUGUUUGUAUUUCAUUUGUGUAGUUUGAUGGAAGGGUUUGCUAUUUCUAUCAUGGCAUUUGACCGCUUUAUUGCUAUAAGCAGUCCUCUGCGGUACCAUUCUAUUCUGACAAAUGUACGUUGUGUUCUGAUCUCUAUUGUACUUUGGUUGGCAGGUUCAGCAAUAAUGGCAAUGCUGCCUGCUACUGUUCUCCCUCUACAAAUCUGCUACUCAGUUGUGAAGCACAUGUUUUGUGACUAUGCAUCUGUUAUCAAGGCAACUUGUGUAGAUCCUGAACCAUAUUUUAAUAUGGUAUCAAUUUUAACAUCUGUUCUUAUUUUUGGAACAUUCAGUUUCAUCUGCUUGUCCUAUGUAAAGAUUGUUAUUGUUGUUGUGAGAAUGUCUUCACAGAGUGACAAGAAAAAAGCAUUUAAUACUUGUUUUAGUCACUUGAUAGUCAUAAUCUGCUUCUAUGCACCCACAUUCACACGAAUAGUGCUGACCAGGUUUGGUCUAGUUUUAACAGUUGAGGAACGAAAUGGGCUAAUGCUUGGGUCAGUUCUUGGGCCUGCUGUAAUAAAUCCUUUCAUAUACUGUUUCAGAACCAAGGAGAUCAGGAAUAAAUUAUUUAAAAUAAUGCAAUUAAAUAAAUGA